AUGGCCGAUGAACGCCCCUCUACUCCUCCUCAAGAGGCCCCAGAAGGCUACGCUCGCCCCGAUGACUUCGGUUUGUUUGCAAGCACCACAUACUCGCUGGCUAUCGGUGAGACACUUGAACUUAAACGCAUGCGCGACCGCGAUGUGGUAAUUAAGCUUGAGAUUUCCGAGGACGAAGUGCGUGUGUUACACCUGAAACACGUGAAUGAGGGUACACUCGAUGAGGCAAAAGCUGCGGUCGACGGCUUUUUGGGACAGGUCGAGCCGCUUGGAGAUGGCGAUGAUAAUGGCCCCGGUGGCACCGUGUUCGAAAUGUUUGGGAGGGUGCAUACAGAUAUGGUUGGCCCUCUCAAGGGCGUCAUGGAUAGUGUCCACGAGCUGUCCUCCCUACUAACGAAGAUGGAUACUACCGUUAGUAUGUAUCCCAAGAAGCCGUUACCCAGGAGCCUGGGCGACACUCACCUGGAACAAUCCUACAACCCGGUCGUUGAGCUUCGAGAAGCCAGCGACGCCUUCUACAACCAAGUCAAGGCGAUCAAGUUGAAGUCAGAGAGCUACAGUAAUGAAACCCGUCCAACGAUAAAGGGGUUUGGAUUGUUUAGAGCAGACUAUGACGUCCAUAAAAUUCUUAUAGCCCACAUGAUGGAGAAGGGCCGGAAUCGUGGGGUCUGGUUUCAUUGGGACGAGUAUGGCUACCAAGGCAGUACACAGCGGAAUAUCGGUACAUGGAUUGGCUAUAGUCUUUCUUUCAAACAGGAUUAUAACACAAAGGCUCAAAGCUGGGUACACAAAUUUGAGGCGAGAUCUGUGCGACUGUGGUAUCUUGAUGACCCACGGUAUUGCAACGAGUUCACCUUGGACUCGCAACCUCCAUGGUUCAUGGAGAAUGACGUACGCCCUUUCAUGAGCUACACCUACGUGAUGGUCAAAGGUGGCCAUGGCCCGCAGAAACUGGACCUCGAUGUGCGUGAUACCGACAUGGUGCUUCAAAUCCAGCCCAAGGACGGUGUCUGUCGCCUGCUGCAUUUGUACCAUGUGCGCCAAGAGACGAGCUUGGCGGCAAAGGCUGCCAUCGAGAACUUUCUUGACCACUUCAAAUCAAUUGACGAUAACAAGAGAGGCAGAUUAGACGAUGGGCGUCGCAGGGAAUUCAGCAUGAUGUGUGAGGGUUUUGAUCCCGUUCAUCAGGAGCUCCUAGAGUCUACUAAAGCAGAGAUUGACGAGCGUCGCUUGCGAUGUAGAUGGGAACCAGGCGGGUGGCCGCGUGCAAUAUACUGGGAGUGCGGUCAGCAGGUAGGCUACGUGGUCUCUUUCAAGCGUGGCCGCCUAAAUGUCGACAACUGGAAUCGUGGGAUCAUACCGGGAUCAGAACGCGUUCUCACUGGUUUUGAGCAGUGA